CUAAUCAUAAAGAUAGUGAAUAUCGUUGUUACUGUUAUGUGCCUCAACUGUUUAACAUUCCAGACAAUUAACGAUGGUUUAAGAUUAUCACAAGAGCGCAGGAAAUAUUGAUCGCGCAUCCGUUUCGAUAAUCUGUCGAUUAUUUCUAUUUCUGUCUAACAUAUUGUACUGAUACAGAAGAAUAUAAGCCGCAUAUUGUUAUUAUAAAUAAUUAAUUAUAUAAACAAACAUAUCUCGCUUGCGCGCAAAAUACGAAUAUUCAUAAGAAUAUGUUUGAUGAGAAUAAUCAAGCCUGCGCUCAUCGAUCCACGACGAAACCAUGGAAACAGCCAAGGCACAGAAAUCAAAACAAUCUUCGUUUGAAACACCGAUUCCUACCAACGAUUUCACAUAAUUGUUUCCUCGGAAAAUCGUUCUGAAUUUUUCAAGGAAACGGAUACUCAUUUUCGAACAAUGGAUAUCAAAGAUAGCAGCGACGAAGAAGAGAUACAUGAUAUAUCAGCGUUCACGAAAUUCGACGAGAGUAUCGAGGUACGAAACGCUGAGGAGAUACAAAGUCCAGUGAAUCGUAGGCCUUCCAGUUCGAGGAGACCCAGACAACAUCCGAUGAACGAGAGCCGAAGUGCUAUAGGAAUAAAUUCACCUCGCGAAAAAUUCAAUUUCCGAAGAUACUCGGAUCAUGAUAACAGCUUUGGGAAAUCCAUGGGAAUCCAUAGUGAUCCAUCAGACAGUGAAGAAAGCGAUGAUGAUGAUAUUCAAGGAACGAGCAACGCUCAACCCAUUGAAAUUUAUAAUCCUAAGGAUUUUGAGGAUUUAGAGGUGUCUACUGAGAUGAGGGAAUUAUUUCAGAACAUAAUGAGGUAUACUCCGCAAAAGAUCGAAUUAAAUUACAAACUCAUACCAUUUAUCCCCGAUUACAUCCCAGCAGUGGGUGACAUAGACGCUUUCAUUAAAAUCCCACGACCAGACGGCGUAGAAGACAAAAUCGGUUUAACAGUUUUGGACGAGCCUUGCACCAAUCAAUCUGAUCCAGCUGUCCUUCAUCUUCAACUUCGUAAUCAUUUACGAAGCGGAGGAGGAGCGAGACAAACGGUGGUUAAAAGAAUCGAAGAUGCAGAAAAAAAUGGAAAGUCAAUCGAGAAGUGGAUCGAGGAUAUAAAUCAGCUUCACAGAAGCAAACAUGCUCCCGCAGUUAACUUAACGAAACCGAUGCCAGACAUUGACUCGUUGCUUCAACAAUGGCCACCAGAAGUUGAGGACAAGCUUAACGAAGUUGAAUUGAAUUUCACGCAAUUGGACUGUGAACUACCAGAACUUAUCGAUCUUAUAUGUAAUCUUUUGGAUAUACCAUCGGAAGAGAGCAUGAGAUUGGAGGCAUUACAUAUGCUCUUCACGCUUUAUUUAGAAGUUCGAAAUGUCAGAGCGCAGAAAUAUUAAUUUGACAGUGGUUGAAAAAUGAUGGACACUUCGACGCAUAUAAAUGUG